UCAUGUACAAUUCUUUGGUUGAAUGCACCGUUUUGAGAGUCUUCUCUUGCAGUUCAUCUCUUCCCGUUUCGAUCUUGUCUUGGUAGGAGACCACUGUCUAACCAGGGCCAUUUGGGAUAGGAAGAGUAAGGUCAACACUGUAUUCUGGCUCUAAAAUGGCGUACCGCGGGGGUGCGAACAGAGCUAACAUGACCAAAAUUUAUAUUGGUGAUUUGAGUACCAGUGGUAAUGAGGAAGAAAUCCGUGAAUCUUUCCUACGCUAUGGCAGUGUGCACGAGGUAUGGGUGGCGAGGAACCCACCGGGAUUCGCCUUUGUGUAUAUGGAGGAUUUCCGUGAUGCCGAGGAUGCGGUGCGUAAAUUAGAUGGUCGAACUCUGUGCGGUCAGCGAGUUCGAGUGGAAGUGGCCAAGACUCGGGAGCGACCUCGGCAACGAAGGUAUGAGGACGAUGGUCCAGCGCCGGACACAGUAAUUCACAGCCAACACAGUAGAAGAAGACGAUCCCGCUCUCGCUCGCCACCCCGGCGUCGCAGAUCGCCGUCAAGAUCACCAUCUCCGUACCGCCGCCGACGUCAACCCAGCCGCUCAGUCUCUCGCAGCCCUGUCCGGCGUCGUUCGCGUGAUCGAUCGCCUACACCAUGAGCUGGUGGUUUCUGUAACUACUACAGCCAGUACAGGUCUUGUGUUGCAGCAGUGGCUGCUGCGCAGCAUCAUGCACCUAGUGUGUACUCCUUGGAGGGAUGCCCAUUGCUAUACUGAUAUUUGUGGAUUUUUCCCAUUUUUGCUCAGAUUUGCUCCCAACUUUAUUCACUUUUGUCUUGUUUAAUUGUGUGAUCCAUGACUGUGGUUGAACAACUUUUUUAAUGUGUCUGUCAUUUGUCCACACUGUUGCAUGACCAGAGAUAUGGAGGCGUCCAUUUCAGAGUAGUACUUGUGCUCUCUCUCUCUCUCUCUCUCUCUCUCUCUCUCUCUCUCUCUCUCUCUCUCUCUCUCUCUCUCUCACUCUCCCCCCCCCCCCCUCUCCCCCCACUUUCUCUCUCUUUAAGUCUUUAUCCUAUUAUCUAUCUACAAGUAUUAUCUCUCAAAUGUGCUGUCGUUUUGAUAUAGCUUGUCAUUGCUGUUGAUACUUGCGCACAGUUGUUGUAAACGAGCCUAGAUGUACUGUGCGGAUAACUCUUGACAGGUAGCGUGUUGUAAAUACGGCAUGCGCACUUGUUAAAGUCUGCAAGUCGAAUACCUCCAUUA